CCCUGCCUUGGUGCGCGUGCGCCGGCGGGUGGGUGGCAGCGUGCGCGCGGCGGUUCCGGUCUGCGGGUGCAGGAUGGUGCUGCUGGAGAGCGAGCAGUUCCUGACAGAGCUUACCAGACUCUUUCAAAAGUGCAGAACUUCGGGGAGUGUUUUCAUAACGCUGAAGAAAUACGAUGGCAGAACAAAACCAGUCCCACGCAAAGGCCAUGCUGAGAGUUUUGAACCAGCAGACAAUAAGUGUCUGCUAAGAGCAACUGAUGGAAAGAAGAAAAUUAGCACAGUGGUGAGCUCAAAGGAAGUAAAUAAAUUCCAGAUGGCAUACUCAAAUUUGCUGAGAGCUAACAUGGAUGGCUUGAAGAAAAAAGACAAGAAAAGCAAAAACAAGAAGAGUAAAGCAACACAGUGAUGAAGAGUGUCCUGCCAUCACUGUAACAGACUUGACCCUCUCUCAAAGCAAAGUCCAUUUCUUUUUGAGUUACCACUUGUCUUUGGCUUUCCUUCCAGCAGGAUACUGGGAUGCAAUCAGUACUGUUGUUUAAACUAAAAACAGAAGGUGCUUUCCGUGGAUUGUUGUAUGGCAGGAGUAUUUACAGUUAUACUGGAAUAGCUUUACACUUAUCUGCCAACUAGUUUUGUACUUGUACUGCUGUUUGUUUUGUAUUAUACCAGUGUAAAACCUGUUUCUGGGGUAACACAGGGUGAAGAGAAAUGCACCAUACCAGGAGCAAAGUGAGACUGGAGCAGGAGUUUCAGUCACAGAUGCCCAGUUUUAUAGAUAAGCCUCAGUUGUAUUAGGGAAGGUGGGUGCCAAUACAUUAUCAGGAACAACAGCUUUCCUGUUUCUGUCUUAUCUUGAGGGAUGUGUCUACAUGAUGCAGUGCACAUACUCCUAAGGCAGCCAGUACAGUGCUUGAGCUCUGGCAGAGCCAGGCAGCUGUGCCUUCACUCCAUGCUGAUCCAGCUGUGCAGACCCUGACUCAAGUGGGGCAAGGGCAGGACUGUAUCAUAUUCCCUUCAGACAUGGCUUAAAAAUGCUCAUGUCAUCUAAACUUUUUUUUUUAAGCUUCAUCUUUCAGUAUAUUCAGGGAUCUGAAUUUCUUCAUACUUCACAUUUUAAAGUAGCUCCUUCAAAUGAACAGAUGUAAAAGGUGAAUACUUAAUUGUUGCAAUUAAAAACAAUGAGAAAUGGAUUUGGUUUUAAUGACUGAUGUGACUUGUCUUGGUGAAUGGCUAGGACUGCUGCCAUUAUCUGUGCCUUUAGGACUGGUGCCCCUGAUGCUACUUCAUAAGCAGCUCUUACCAGCUCUUGCAGUUCUCAGAAGUUCUUGGGUUUGUCUUUACAGUUACCUCUAUGUAUUUGAACUUAGUCCUCCUCUUUACUACAAUAAAAGGGCAGGAAAAAUAAGUAGGUAUUUCUUUAUGCAGUGAACCUGCAGCAUUAAAGGCAAUUGUUUGAGUUAGAGAAAGAAAUAGGAGUAAGAUGUUUAAAACAAGGUAUGAGGUAGGGAAGGGGGGGUAACCACUACAAUAUUUUCAGAAAUCUCUACCUUUUCCAUAUAUUCACUCCAAUAUUAUAAGUAGUCUGAUGUGAACUACAAUGCAUACUUAACUAUGGCUGCUGGAACUCAUCUUCAGAUUUUCUCAGCUUCACUUUUCCUGAUGGGGUUGCAUUACAGAUUGGCUUCAAGAAGGUGUACAAGAUACCCAUCAUUACUAUGACUUUACCUUCCAACUUAAACUGACAGCCCACGUGAACAAAACUAGUUCAAAACUUUGGUAAUUCCUCUAGCACAUGCAGUUUAACUGUUCCUCCUAAAAGUGUUGGAUCAGGUCUUCUGGGUCUGAAAUAUUUCCUCUAAGUAUAGGCAGUUAGUCUUGAAACAACCCUCUCAGCUUGAAAUCUACAGGUAUAAAACACUAAACCAAAAUACAAACCAAAACCACAAAAAGCUUUUAAUACAUAUUCCAAGAAGGCUCAGUAGCCAAUCCUUUUAUUACAUAAAAAUCCUUCUUCAAGUAAGUUUAAAAUGUUAAAAUUAAAUCCAUCCUCUUAAUCCUUGAACUGAGUUUCUAAUUUCAAUACUAGGGUUGCAUGUUAAUAUAAAAGGCAUUCCAAAACUGUAUUAAAAAAAAAAGUUUUACAUCUGCACAGCUAGUAAUGUCUUUUGUGGCAUAAAGGGCAAAAAUUACAUGAUAAUACACAUCUGUGGCUGUAAUCAUACUUGAUCCUUAAUUGCCUAUAAAACAUUAAUUUCCACUUUUUGACAUAAAUUUACAAUUUUAUAUUACAAGUGAAAUUCAAUCUGGACACAUAGAAAGGCAUUAGUUGCCUGUCUUGCAUUACUACAGCUUUUUGACAUUCCUUCUGAUGAAACACUAUUGUCUGAUUGUAAAAGCAUCCCAUAAAAGAUGCUUUAAGUACUAAAACAGAAUCUUGUAUUCAUCUCGGUAACUGUACAGGAUAAGUGCAGGAACCCUGCAGGGGGAAAGAAAAGGUAAGUUUUAAAUUUUGAAACGAGGUUCAAAAAGGACAGCACCUGUGGCAAAUCUUAGCAGUAAGCUAACAGCAAAGAUUCAGUAGAAAAGCAGUAUUUCAGGUUUCUGGCUAUGUCUGCAAUUUGCCUCGUUAUCCUAUUUCCAUUUAUCUAGCCUGUUCAGCUUUCAUUCAAUGACCUGAAGGCUUCUGGCUAAGCAGUGGGUUGUGUGCAGGCAUCAAAUGGGAAAGGAAGACUUUGUCAGGAACUGCAUGAUAUUUAAACCCAACAUUGCAUGAAAGAUUAUUUGUAUAUAAUGAUUUGAUACCAUUUGGCCAGAGCCUUGUAAGCCACAGGAAUUAAAAAAGAUAUUUCACUCGAUAACUUAGUUGCCUUAGUAAAAAUUAGCAAACCUGAAGCAAAUUUGGUGCUAAGAAAAAGGAAUCUCGAAAGGGAAUCAAAGUUAACUUUUAGUCUCACUUUUAAAUGAGGUUUAAGAAAAUGUAUUAUAAAUUACACCCACAAUAGGAUGUAAAUAUUUGGGUCUCACCUAACUGUACCAGUAAAUUAAGAGGCUUAGAACUUGAUGUGGUUAGACUGUGUUUCAGUGUAGCCAUAAUUCAACAAGGAGACUACAAGUUGAACAUAAAUGUUCUUAUGCUUAGAAAAGAGGCUUCACUCUGCAUGUAGGAAGAGCAUGCAUUGUAUUUGCUUAGAGCUGGACAGUCUGUCAGCUGUGCCAGAUUCUCACUGUCUUCCUUCAAAGCAAGAGGAAUUAAAUGUGCCCGUGAGUUUAGAAGGCAAAAUGAGUCACUCCCCUGGGAAAAGGUUACUAUGUAGUAGAAGAGCAGGAUACCUGAGUGUGUAUAGUUGUUUGCUAUUGAAUUUCUAUGAACAAAGCAGCAAGUGGGCUAAAAGUGGCAACAGAUUUCAGCAAUUCUUGCCAAUGCUUAGAAAAAUUAAGAAUUUACAUGGCCAAGAAUUCACAUUUUACAACAAGUGAGGAUUAGAUGAUCAGUGCUCUUCCCACAGUACUCAAGGAACUGCACAUUUCCUGAAUAUUUUUUUUUCUCAGGGUGAGGAAGACAAGAGCAGCUUAUUCAGUGAAAUUUAAAUGCAGAAAUAACAAGAUUUAUGUACCUAUAAGAGCUUAACAAAUUUACCUCUUUUCCAUUUUGAUACUGUAAAUUUCAUCACAAAUUUCUUGUAAAUACGAACAUCUCUGUUUUGGCCAUCGUGACAUCAGUUGUCCCACAGUAGCAUCAAAGGCUUGUCUGUCUCCAUCAAACUAAGAAGAAAAAUUGACAAGGACCUGAAAAGCAGUCUUACAUUUUCUUGUGAAGGAAAGACUUUCUCCCAAAAAAGUUAAGUCUUUUGAGUAUUGUGUAAUGUCAAUGCUUCUUAAUUAAACAGGUUUAAA